CAAAACCCCGGCUACACCCCGCUCGUCGAUUUGGUAUUCGCCGUCGCCGUCGCCGUCGCGAAAACAAGGAAUGACUGAUACAUUCUCCGAUGGGUAAAGAUUGCGGAUCCCGAGUUCGCGCCGGAAAUGAGAGAGGGCUAAUGCCGAAGGUCGCGAAGCCAGAAACGAAGACGAAGGCCAGAGGACCAUGGAGGGAGUCGAUCUGGGCCUCUCUGCCAAACAGGUGCCGUACCUCCAGUAAGGAGCAGGCCCGACUUGCUCUGGUGGACGGUCUGGGCAAGAUAGAGGAGCUUGCAAGUUAUGGCAGCAAAUGCCCUAAUGUUGAGGAAUAUGAGUCACUGUUCCUUCAGAUCGCCUCGAUUGUGCUAGAACUAGGGGAGAUGUUACCUCUUGCCUUUCCAGAAGAUAAGGUAAAGCAACCAGCACGGGCAGCAGAGGAGUUGGCUGGAGAUGGUCGCGCGAAAGAGGAUUCUGCUGACUUUGGUGGCAUGGCUGCAGAUUCUGUUGAUGGUGCGAGCAGGGGAGAUAGGCAAGGGCCGGGAGGCCAUAGUGGGGGUCCUAGUCGGCCACAGAAGAGGAGAAAGGCCGCCGGUAGGAAGAGUUUCGAGUAGUUUAAGUUAUACUUAUGUUGGGUGGAGGUACAUUUGUGCAGACUAUUAUAUAUGCAUAGAUCAAUAGAAUGUUUUACCUUGUGUUUGAUCAUUAGUCAUUUGAGCGUCGUUAUGUAUAUAUGAUUUUCACCUGGUAUGUUAGGGUUCUAUAUUGAAGCAGCUGGCAUCCAGCAGCUAUUAGGUAAAAUUGCUGGGCA